ACGUCCAUACCAUAACUUUAUCCCCUACCAUUAACCCUAACCAGUUUUUAUUUCAACUUUAAAGGGGUAGUGACGUCCAAAUGAUCCAAGAUAGCAAGGACAGUCAAGAGGGUCUAGUGCACGGUGCGGUGCGCAUCUGAGGUCUUGGAGCUGUCUGAAACGCACGGAGUUUUGUCAUGUUUUCUUCGAAUAACUGGAGCUCUUUUUCACUUCUGCUUGCAAGAAGAUAAUAACCAUGAUCAACAUUAGUGUCAAAACACAUAACUGGCUGUUUUACGCAGAAUAUUAAAAGGAACUUGGCUAAUGGAGAGGAUGGAAAACUCAACUAUCCCUUUUAUCAAGAGGGAAACUCUCACUAUAUAGCCAGUCCCACUUCAGGUCUUCCCCUCCACCCCAGGCAGGCCUGUGGCCGCCAUGAUGAGCAGCUCAUCCAGCCCAGCUGAGUUCUCCAGGGACAGGACCUCCCUCCUGUCCAUAGACUCUAGCGUCUUCUACAGCGAGCCCCCUCCUGUCUGUGACUACCCACUCGACUUCUUCACCAUCAACGUGGGAGGAAGCCGCUACGUUCUCUCCCAGGAGCUGCUGGCAUCCCACCCAGAAACCCGUCUGGGCAAGCUGGCCCUGUCCACACGGGACUCUGCCCUGGAGCUCUGUGACGACGCUGACUUGCUGGAGAAUGAGUUCUUCUUUGACCGCAGCUCACAGACCUUCCAGUAUGUGAUAAACUUCUACCGCACAGGCCACCUGCAUGUCAGGGAGGAGCUUUGCGUGUUCUCUUUCCUCCAGGAGAUUGAGUACUGGGGCAUCGACGAGCUCUGCAUCGAUCCCUGCUGCCGGGAACGCUACUACCGCCGCAAGGAGCUCAAGGAGAGCCUGGACGUGCGGAACGAGGCUGUGGCUGACGAAAGCCAGGACGAAGACUUCAACGGCGCGGCGUGCCCAGAUCUCCGGCGGCGCCUGUGGGACCUGCUGGAGAAGCCAGAGUCUUCACGAGCGGCACGCGCCUUCGGCACGCUGUCCAUCAUCUUCGUGGCGGUGUCCAUUGUCAACAUUGUGCUCAUCUCGCUGGACCUGGGGAAUGUGGGUGGGAACGGGAUCGGUGACGAGAGUGGGGGCAGUGACGGGGGUACACCUUUCUUCGUGGAUGCACUGGAAUAUGUGUGCGUGGUGUGGUUCACCGGCGAGCUGGUGUUGCGCUUUGUCUCUGUGCGCGACAAGUGCCGCUUCACCCGUAGCUUUCCCAAUGUGAUCGACCUGCUAGCCAUCCUGCCCUUCUAUGUGACUCUGGCAGUUGAGAGUCUGCACGGUGGCUCUACUGAGCUGGAGAACAUGGGCCGCGUGGUGCAGGUGCUCAGGCUCAUGAGGUCCCUCCGCAUGCUCAAACUAGGACGCCACUCCACAGGUAAUGUAGUUGUCUAUCCAAACAUACAGAAUACGCAGCCAUUUUAAUCCUGUCAUGAUUCCUAAACCUGAUGUCGUUACCUAUCAUUUGUCACGCCAAGCUGCAGUAGUCCAGGAUGUCAGAUUGUCCAGGAUCUCAAAGUUGAUUUUGAAGGUAGCAAUCCAGUUGAGAUACGUCAUUAUUUUCAAAGGAUAGAUCACUUAUUUCUUUCUUCCAGCAACUCCAUUAGGUGAUUUGUAGAUGUGUGCAAAAAG